AUGGCCAGACUAAUGUUACCCGAAAUCCCGCUAAGCCACUCUGACUACAGCGGCUUCCAGGCCGGGAGCACGAGCUACGUGAAAGGCAGCCCCAGCGGCACCAGCGGCAGUCUCACGGACCUCAACACGCCCGCCAUGUCCGCGCAACGGUACGACACCAUGCCGAACAACUACUACAACUCGUGGCCCGGCAACAGCUACAACUACCAAUACAACAACAUCAACAACAACCCCGCCUGCAUACAAUCCCACACGCCGUACAUCAACCCGAACCCGCAAAUGAUCCUGCCCAACCUGUACUCGACCGUCAACCAGAACCAAAUACACGUGCACUUGCACAGUUCAGCCGACAAAUACAACCUAGAGCAAUACAUUCCGAGCGAGAUUAAAAUAAGCGACAUAGAUGGCGGUAUUUCCAUAACGACGGAGCUGCCCGGCGGCGGGGAGGGCGGGGGGCUCGUGCAAGCGUGCGACGCGCCCGACGACGUCAAACACGGCCUGUACGCCGCCAACAGCCAAGAAGUGUGGCGGCCAUAUUGACAGUGCGCUAAGUUCCCGCGCGAGGACAACCAACAUUCCGUUGUACAUAUUGUGAUAUAGUGAACUCAAUUCUAGGUAAAUUGUAUAAAAAUAGAAAUCGAUUAAUGUUAAACAUUAAUAUGAUUGUAA